AUGGCUGAUGUGUCGGACAUUACACCACAUCUCGACCGUCUUGACGGCGACUUGGACAAACUCGAGGACUCGCUGAAGCCGAUCCUGAGCAACCUGGGUGAAGUCGCCUCCACGCUGCCUCUACUGGACAAGGCAAAGCUCUACGUUCUCGCCACAUAUUCCAUCGAGACGGCGCUGUUCUCGGCCCUGCGCCUAAAUGGGACAGAUGCCAAGGAGCACGCGGUCUUCAAGGAACUCGCCCGCGUGAGGCAGUACUAUGAGAAGAUCAAGAAGGCCGAGGAGCCGCCCGAGCAGCGGACGCAGAGCGUGAAUACGCAGGCUGCUAUUCGUUUCAUUAAAGCUGACCUGGCUGGUGACAACAAAGACGUGGAUACCAAGUUGAAGGAGCAGCUGGCAAAGGAGCGCGCGAAGGCGGCUAUCCAGGCCAGAAUGAACAAGAAGCGCCCGGCCGAGGACUCGGACGCUGCUUCGGCCGUCGCGGACCUGAUCUCCGCCGAGAGCUCGAAGGCAGCGGGGGCCGACAGCUCGGCUGUGAACAGCGCCGCUGAGGAUGGAGAGGUAAACGAGCCAGACAGGAAGAAGUCGAGAAAGGCUAGAGGCGGCAAGAAAAAUAAGAAAUCCAAGAGGGACACGCAAUGA